CUUGCUUCUUUUCCGGUAUGAUGAUUCCUAGCUCCGUAUACUUUUCGUGCUGAGGUCAGUAUGAAACGCGCACGCAUGUCUUAUAGUGACAAUGCUCGUUGCUACGUGGCGUAUGUGAAGUAACUUGAACGAUACGACUCUGAGUAUUCGAAGAUACUCACAUGCAUAAAGCAACGCCUUGUCUUUCAACAUGCAACUGCUGCACCAGUGUAAAAACAUGCCCAGAAAAUCAAGUGAAGCAGCUGAAGCUUCUUCACCGCAUCGAGGCAGGAAAUACCCCACAAUCCACCUCGGCAAAUCAUUCUAAACCCACGACGAGUGCGGUCUUACUGCUUCCUUCGGGGCUGCGCAUCCAUGAUUAUUCAUAUAAAUUUCUUUUACGUUUUACGCGAGGCUCAGCUCGCGACCCACGAUGGUUUCAGAAGAAAGCCCUCUGCUGGUGUCCACCGCGCAUGAAGUUAUUUAUGACAGAUUCGCGCCAGAUAAAAAGAGGUGGAUCGUGUUUCUCGUCUCUCUUGUAGGUUUCUUGCCUACGUUCGUCUCAGCGACAUUCGUGCCUUCCAUCCCUCAGAUAGCUAAAGAUCUUAACUCGACGCAUGCUGUUGUCAGCUUAACCGUCAGCCUGUCGAUCUUCGCGAGUGCCGUCGGAGCGUUGGUAUGGGCUGCUUAUUCGUCUUUCUAUGGACGCCGAUCGAUGUAUUUGUGGGGAAUGCCGUUUUUAUGCGUCGGGAGCUGUGGUGUCGCGAUGUCGACUUCGUUACGAAGUCUGUUAUUCUGGCGGUUCGUGCAGACAUUUGGAUGCGCUGGCGGGAUGUCGCUGGGUGCUGGCGUUAUUGGUGACAUUUACAAAUUGGAAGAGAGGGGGACUGCUAUUGGAUUAUUCUUUGGUGCCACACUUUUUGGGUACGCGGUUGCCCCGUUUCUUGGAGGUGCGGCAGCGCAUUAUUGGUCCUGGCGCAAUUUGCAUUAUUCCAUUGGUGCAUGGGGCUUGCUCGAGAUGCUCCUCAUAUACGCUUCGUUUCCUGAGACAGGCCAUCCCGGCACAUUGGGCAUCGAUAAACUGACGCGCAGGAGAUGGAUUCAUAUCACAUGGGUUAAUCCUCUGAGUAGUCUCUUGUUGCUUCGGAGUCCGAACCUGUUUGCGGUUAUGCUUGCGGGGGCUCUAGUGCUCAUCAGUGACUUUGUUCUCCUCGUACCGCUGGCGUAUACUAUCGGCGUCCGAUAUGGAAUCGCGAAUGAGGCCAUCAUCGGGGCGUGUUUUCUCCCAAACGGAUUGGGGAACUUCAUCGGGGCGCCGGUUGCUGGCCGCCUAUCGGACAUCGUAGUCAGAAGAUGGCGGAAGAAGCGUAAAGGAGUGUGGUUUCCCGAAGACCGCUUGAGAGCGACGUGGAUCGGAGGGCUGUUCAUGGUCCCGUUGUCUGUUGCGGCGUCAGGGCUAAUCACGACGUAUGUUAGGGGCCCAAUCGGCCUUGUGUUGAAUUUACUGUGCCUCUAUACAAAUGGAAUGGGGGUCGACUUCGUGUUGAAUCCCAUUGGUUCUUAUAAUGUGGAUAUAGUGCACUCUCGAAGCGCAGAGGCCACAGCCGCUUGCAUGGGGAUCCGAUCACUCAUCAUAUCUGCUGCGACUGCUCUUGUCAUUCCAUCGAUCGAGCGCAUAGGUGUUGCGUGGACGGACAUCAUCGCGGCUGUCCUUGCGCUCAUUGGGCAAGGGAUCAUUUUCUUGACGAUUCGUUAUGGUGACCGCAUGAGGGCCAGCGUGGAUGUUGGUUUCUCGACCAAUGAGAAUAACUGACAGAUCGAUCUUCCAUUGUUUGGGAGGGACGCACAAUGCGUGGGGAAUAUACUCAAGUCGAGUGUGAACGAGAGAGGCGUUAGAGGCAAGAAGAGUGGGGUAGAGUUGCGACGGGAGGCCAUUAUAUCAAUUAGAGAAUAUCAAUUUUUUUGCAUCA